CCAGCCCGGAUGAGCAGCCCCGGCUCGUGCCGGGGCCGGCAGUGGAGGAGGAGGAGCUGCUUCGGGAGAUGGAGGAGCUGCGCUCGGAGAACGACUACCUCAAGGAUGAGCUGGAUGAACUCCGAGCUGAGAUGGAAGAGAUGAGAGACAGCUACUUAGAGGAAGAUGUUUACCAACUACAGGAGCUCCGGCGAGAGCUGGACCGUGCUAACAAGAACUGCCGAAUCCUACAGUACCGGCUCAGGAAAGCUGAGCAGAAAAGCUUGAAAGUGGCAGAAACAGGGCAGGUGGAUGGUGAACUUAUCAGAAGCCUAGAGCAAGACUUGAAGGUAGCCAAAGAUGUGUCUGUCAGAUUGCACCAUGAACUUGAGACAGUGGAGGAAAAGCGUACUAAAGCUGAAGAUGAAAAUGAAACUCUCCGACAACAGAUGAUUGAAGUGGAAAUAUCUAGACAGGCCCUCCAGAAUGAGCUAGAGAAGCUGAAAGAGAGUUCCCUAAAGAGAAGAAGCAGCCGGGAAAUGUUCAAAGAGAAGAAAACCUUUAACCAGGAAGACAGUGCCGAUUUGAAGUGCCAGCUGCAAUUUGCCAAAGAGGAAGCCUCCCUGAUGCGCAAAAAGAUGGCCAAGCUGGGGAGGGAGAAGGACGAGUUAGAGCAGGAGCUCCAGAAGUACAAGUCACUCUAUGGUGAUGUGGAUAGCCCCCUCCCCACAGGGGAAGCCGGGGGACCCCCCAGUACCAGGGAGGCAGAGCUAAAGCUACGGCUGAAGCUGGUAGAGGAGGAAGCCAACAUCUUGGGCAGGAAGAUUGUGGAGCUAGAGGUGGAGAACCGAGGCCUCAAAGCAGAGAUGGAGGACAUGCGGAUUCAGCAUGAGCGUGAAGGAACAGGCCGGGACCACGUGCCAAGCAUUCCUACCUCACCCUUUGGGGACUCUCUGGAGUCCUCUGCAGAGCUCCGCCGACACUUGCAGUUUGUGGAAGAGGAGGCGGAGCUGCUGAGGAGGUCCAUAUCUGAGAUCGAAGACCACAACCGGCAGUUGACCAAUGAGCUGAGCAAGUUCAAGUUUGAACCUCGCCAGGAGCCAGGAUGGCUUGGAGAUAGCACAGGUAAGGGCCCUGGAACGGGGGUGCCACUGCAGGAGGAAUUAAAGUCUGCCAGGCUGCAGAUCAGUGAGCUGAGUGGGAAGGUCAUGAAGCUCCAGUAUGAGAACCGAGUGCUGUUGUCCAAUGUCCAGCGCUGCGACCUGGCUGCCCACCUGGGGCUGCGUGCCCCAAGCCCUAGGGACAGUGAUGCCGACAGUGACACAGGCAAGAAAGAGAGUGAUGGGGAAGAAGGCCGCCUGCCCCAGCCCAAACGGGAAGGACCAGUGGGUGGGGAAAGUGACUCGGAGGACAUGUUUGAGAAAACAUCAGGCUUUGGGAGUGGCAAGCCUUCAGAGGCAAGCGAGCAGUGUCCAGUAGAGCUUCUGAGAGCCCGAGAGGACACCGAAUGCUUGGUGACCUUAAAGCAGGAGGCCCAGCGACUGGAGAGGACUGUGGAGCGCCUCAUCAUGGACACAGAUGACUUCAUCCAUGACUCAGGGCUGCAGGACAGCAGCCUGGCCUUGACUGGGAUCCAGGGUGAGGGUGAAAGGGGCCAGAAUGAACCCCACCUGCUGGGGACCAUCAGUGUAAAGAUGAAAGCUUUCAGGAAAGAGCUGCAGGCCUUUCUGGAACAGGUGACCCGGAUUGGGGAUGGGCUGUCACCUUUGUCCCACCUCACGGAGUCAUCGAGCUUCCUCUCCACGGUGACCUCUGUGUCCCGGGACUCCCCCAUCGGGAACCUGGGGAAGGAGCUGGGCCCAGACUUGCAGUGGAAACUGAGAGAUCAGCUGGAGUGGUCGCUCUCUCAGGAGCGCGGGGACGAGAGAGAUGGCCUGCGCCUCCGAGCUGCCGCACGAGAGCUGCACCGCCGGGCUGACGGGGAUGUUGGGAACCACCGGCCUGGAGGCCAGAGCGGCUUCAACCUGCUAGAGAUGGAGGAGGAGCAUCUGUAUGCCUUGAGGUGGAAAGAACUGGAGAUGAACAGCCUGGCUUUACAGAACACCCUCCAUGAGCGAACUUGGAGUGAUGAGAAGAAUCUGCUGCAGCAGGAGCUUCGGUCCUUAAAGCAGAACAUUUUCCUCUUCUAUGUCAAGCUCAGGUGGCUACUGAAACACUGGCGGCAGGGGAAGCAGAUGGAGGAGGGAGGAGAGGAUUUCACUGAGAGUGAACAUCCAGAGACCUUCCCUGGGCUUGGUGAACUAGGAGUCCAGGGGGGUCACCAGGUGGAAAGAUCAGCCCGAGAUGAUGGUGACCAAGACUGUGGCUUUCCAGUAGGAGAGCAUUCCCCACAUACUCCUGUACAGACUGGUGACCAUGUACCCCGGCUGCAGACUUUGGAUGGAGGACCACUCAACAAGCAGGUGGUGGAGAACCAGCAACUAUUCAGUGCCCUCAAGGCUUUGCUGGAGGACUUCCGCUCAGAGCUGCGGGAGGAUGAACAUGCGAGGCUACGGCUACAGCAGCAGUAUGCCAGCGACAAGGCUGCCUGGGAUGUGGAGUGGGCCGUCCUCAAGUGCCGCCUGGAACAGCUGGAAGAGAAGACUGAGAAAAGCUUGGGGGAGCUCGAUGUUCCCACUGAGGGCAAAGGGGCCCUGAAGACAGAGAGAGAGGUGCACCAGAAGCUCCUGGCUGCUAGCCACGGCCUGGUCAUGGACCUGCGCUGGCAGAUCCACCACAGAGAGAAGAACUGGAACCGGGAGAAGGUGGAACUCCUUGAGCGUCUGGACAGGGAGCGACAGGAAUGGGAGCAGCAGAAGAAAGACCUCCUGUGGAGGAUAGAGCAGUUGCAGAAAGAGAGCAGUCCUCGGAGAGGUGGCAGUUUCCUGUGUGAUCCGAAAGAAGGCAACAUCCGUCCCUUGCCCCACCAGGGUGCCCUCCGAGUGUCCCGGCCUGUGUCCAUGUGGCCCUGCGUGGACACCGACUCCGUCACAUUUGAAGAUCGGCCACUUUCUAAGCUGAAGGAGUCAGACAGGUGCUCGGCCAGUGAGAACCUCUACUUGGAUGCCUUGUCCCUGGAUGAGGAACCAGAGGAGCCGCCACCCUGUAGGCCUGAGAGGGAGUUCAGGAAUUGCCUGCCUGAGGAUGAAGAAAAUCAUAAGGGAAAUCUUCAAAGAGCCAUGUCUGUGUCCUGCAUGUCUGAAUUCCAGCGUCUCAUGGAUGUUUCUCCCUUCCUACCUGAGAAGGGCCUGCCACCUGCCAGCAGCAAGGAGGAUGUCACCCCACCCCUGUCUCCUGACGACCUGAAGUACAUUGAGGAGUUCAACAGCAAGAGCUGGGACUAUACACCCCCUAGGGCUGGGACUGACAGGCCUCAGGACCUCUGGGCAGAUCGGACCGAGGUGGGGCGGGCAGGACACGAGGCCACCGCAGAGUCUUUCCCCGACUCCUCCUGGUAUCUGACCACAAGUGUCACCAUGACCACAGACACUAUGACCAGCCCUGAGCACUGCCAGAAGCAGCCCCUGCGAAGCCACAUCCUCACUGAACAAUCUGGGGUGCGUGUGUUGCACAGCCCACCCGCCGUGCGCAGGGUGGAUACCAUUGUGACAGCUGGCAGUGAGGGCCGGAGCCGGCUGGACCCUGAAGGUCCCUUUCCCACAGGCAGGGCCAGAGGGGGCCUGGGAGAGGCCAGGGGGGGCCAUCCUGAGCCCGGGCUCAGCAGGUGGCCUUGUGCUACCUCCAGACACCCCAGAGACUUCACGGAAGGGACUCUCCGGCCCCUUGAUGGCCCCCUAUGCCCCUCUCUAGGGUUUGCACCCCCACUGCACAGCCUGGAUAUGUCUAAGAACAUGAGUGACGACAUGAAGGAGGUGGCCUUCUCCGUCAGGAGUGCCAUCUGCUCCGGUUCCACCGAGCCACAAGUCAGGGACAUGGCCUGCCAGACCAAUGGGUCCCGGACAGCAGGGACGCAGACCGUCCAGAGCAUCAGUGUGGGCCUGCAGACUGAAGCCCUGCGUGGCGGCGGCGUCACCAGCAGUCCCCACAAGUGUCUUACGCCAAAGGCCGGGGGCGGCACCACACCUGUGUCUUCUCCUUCCCGCAGCCUCAGGAACAGGCAGGUGGCCCCCGCCAUCGAGAAGGUGCAGGCCAAGUUUGAACGCACCUGCUGCUCCCCCAAGUAUGGUUCACCCAAGCUGCAGCGGAAACCCCUCUCCAAAGCAGAACAGCCAAGCAUCCGGGCCUCACCAGGGUUGGUCCAGAAAGGGUACAGCGAGUCAGCCUGGGCCCGCUCCACCACCACAAGAGAGAGCCCUGUGCACACCACCAUCAAUGAUGGCCUUUCUAGCCUCUUCAACAUCAUUGACCACAGCCCUGUGGUACAGGACCCCUUCCAGAAGGGGGUGAGGGCCGGGAGUCGGUCUCGCUCAGCUGAACCCCGACAAGAGUUAGGCCCGGGCCAGGAAACAGGCACCAAUUCCCGAGGACGAUCACCUAGCCCCCUUGGGAUGGGCUCAGAGACGUGCAGAGAGGACGGGGGAGAGGGCACACCAGUGAAGCAGGACUUGUCUGCUCCUCCUGGUUACACACUCACUGAGACUGUGGCCCGGAUUCUCAACAAGAAGCUUCUGGAGCAUGCCUUAAAGGAGGAGAGGAGGCAGGCCACCCAUGGCCCCCCCAGUCUUACCAGUGACAGCCACACAGGAGACUCAGCCACGGCUGAGCCAGGGUCCAUGGAGAACCAAACUGUCUUACUAACUGCCCCGUGGGGACUCUAG